AUGGAGCUCUCGGUGCUCAAGUUCGACUUCUUCAAGAUCCUCACCGACCACGAGUGCUUCAUCCCCAUCAACCUGCCACUGCCCUACGAACUGCAGCCCGCCGACAUCUCCUUCGAGGCGAUGAGCGAGAAGCAUCCGCAGUCGGCGAUGCUGAUUCAGGAGAUGGUGCGGAGUCUGAGCGGAGGGGAGACGGUCAAGCUGGCGCGGGCCAUCGCCAUCUGCACGCUCAACAUGCUGCUCACCAAGCACGACUUUGACGCGCGGUACCAGGAGCCCGGGCAGCGCGCCCGCGUCGCGCUGGUCUACUUCCCGCUCGUGCCCCUCCUCCUCGACGCCUACGGCGACAUGGAACCGUGGCACAAGGAGAGCCCGCCCAUCGAGAAGCGGGGCCUCUACGUGUCGCUCCUGUUCGUGCUGCGCAACAUCGACCGCGCCUUCCUGCGGCGGUGGUGGCGCCUCGAGUCGGUCGAGCGGCGGCACCGGUUCCUGGACCUGCUCGCGGCCUGCGCGGCCACGUUCGAGUACGACCGGGCCAACGCCAAGGGCGCCAUCCUGCAGGCCCCGUCGUUCGCCUUCGCCACGUCGGAGAAGAAGGCGCCCGAGAGCCCGCGCAAGAGCUCGCUCGGGGACUCGGACGCCGACAAGUCGCAGGAGCCGGGCAAGGAGGGCAAGCUCAACUGCUGCGUGAUGAUGCUCCUCCUGGACGUGGUGGAGGACUUUGUGGAGGACUUUGCGCCGGAGAUGGCGACGCCCGACGGGACGCCCACGCUCGAGCGAGUGCUGGCGCUGCUGGUCAACUUGCUCGAGCGGCCGCAAUCCCUGCGCUUCCUCGAGUCCCUGUUCGCCUCGCUCCGGGCCUUCCUCUCGCGCUUCCGCUCGCGCCUCUUCUCCGAGAACUCGUCCGUGCUCUACGCCCUGUGCCGCGAGGUGCUGCGCUACGCCAACACCGCGUCGGCCCACACGCGCGCCCUCGCCACGUCGCUCCUCUUUCUGCUCAUGCUGCGGAACUACGAGGAGAUGGGCCAGUUCGGGCGCAUCUACACCCAGGCCACCACGGCGCUGUCGCAACUCAUCACCGAGGGCGCCAUGAGCGACGACACCUACAUCCGCCACGCCUUCAAUUCGCUCACCGAGUACGCCCUGUUCGUCUACUCGACCGCCACCAUCGCCAUCAUCCCGGCCGAGCGCGCCCGCAACGAGGCCCGCCACUGCUACCUCAAGGCCGGCUUCGCCCGCCAGGUCCAGGAGCUGUCCGGCACCCUGACCAAGAUCCUGCGCGACACCAUCGAGGUCACCGAGCUCAAGCAGAAGGCCGACUCGGAGAUGAUGGCCGAGCUCUACUUCCGCAUUGCCCAGGGCUACGUCCACACGCCCGACCUCCGCGAGGAGCUGAACCCCAUCGAGGUGUCGAUCGAGGAGAUCGACAAGAGGGUGCAGGCGCUCGUGUGCGAGCUGGAGCAGAAGCCGCCCAACAUCAAGACGCUGCAGCACGUCCUGCAAGGCAGUGCCCUUCCCCAGGUCAACCAGGGAGCUACGGAGAUCUGCGAGGUGUUCCUGGCCAAGGGCGAGGGCGACAAGUAUUCGCCGGCCUCGCUGGAGCGCCUGCGUGAGAGUCUGCGCCAGUUCCUGAAGGCCUGCGAGCGAGCAAUCGAGCUCAACCGCAGCCUCAUCGGCAGCGAGCAGCUCCAGUUCCAGAAGUCCAUCGAGGAGGGUUUCAGAGACAUCAAGACGCAGAUGGCGCCGCACGUACAGGCAAGAGAUCCCAAGCGAGUGAUGAGCUUCGGGAUCAUGCAAGAGAGCAACGGCAGCGAUGAAGACUCAGACGACAGCGAGUCCGAAUACACCAUCGGGUUCCUGAAGGCCUGCGAGCGAGCAAUCGAGCUCAACCGCAGCCUCAUCGGCAGCGAGCAGCUCCAGUUCCAGAAGUCCAUCGAGGAGGGUUUCAGAGACAUCAAGACGCAGAUGGCGCCGCACGUACAGGCAAGAGAUCCCAAGCGAGUGAUGAGCUUCGGGAUCAUGCAAGAGAGCAACGGCAGCGAUGACGACUCAGACGACAGCGAGUCCGAAUACACCAUCGGGUCACCACCGACCAGCGGCCCGCCCUCCCAGAUCGGCUCACCCCGCACUUAG